CACAGAUUUACAGCAUUCAUAACUAAGCUGACCCAAUUGUAGUCUUUCCCGGUCUAAGAUCGCCUGAGCCGAUCAUUCUGAUCGGAGUAUAGUAUUCAUUCAGUCGAAACUCUUUUUCUUUUUGUUCCUCUCCAUCGCGACUGAGUUGAAUCGCUGAAUUUCGGAAUAGGAAGAUGGAUGAAGAACUUCUGGAAUUGCAGAGGCAGUUCGAGUUCGCUCAACAAGCGAAAUCCACCGUCCGUUUAUCCGACCGCAACGUCGUCGAAUUGGUUCAGAAGCUUCAGCAGCUCCAAAUCCUCGACUUCGACCUCCUCCACACCGUUUCCGGCAAAGAGUUCAUCACUCCUGAACACUUGAGGAAUGAAAUAGCUGGAGAAAUUAAGAGAUUGGGGCGCGUUUCGUUGAUAGACUUAGCGGACACUACCGGAAUGGACUUGUUCCAUGUAGAGAAACAAUCACAGCAUGUAGUUUCGAGUGACUCAUCACUGAUGUUGAUCAAUGGUGAAAUAAUCUCAAAUUCUUAUUGGGACACUGUUGCUGAGGAAAUUAAUGAAAGGCUGCAGGAGUGCAGCCAAAUUGCCAUUGCUGAAAUAGCGGCGCAAUUACAAGUUGGCUCGGAACUAGUAGUGUCCAUUAUUGAGCCUCGACUUGGGACUCUGGUAAAAGGUAGGCUUGAAGGUGGCCAGUUGUAUACACCAGCAUAUGUUGCACGGGUGAAUGCUAUGGUCCGUGGUGCUGCAAGGGGUAUUUUUGUUCCAAUGAACUUGUCGGCUUUGUGGAACUCACUGCAAAGUUUACUGCAAGAAAUGGAUGGAGCGGGUGGUGUAGCUGUUGAAAGCUCAUUCUUCCAAUCGUUAUUUAAUGGGCUAGUUAAAGAAGGACAGAUCCUUGGCGCUCUCCGUGCUGGUGUUCAUUGGACACCUUCUGUAUUUGCCAUGGCUCAAAAGGAGUGUGUUGACUCUUUCUUUUCACAGAAUUCAUUUAUUAGUUAUGAAGCCUUACAGAAACUUGGAAUCCCACAACCUAUUCAGUUCCUGCAGUCCAGAUAUCCAGAAGGUACUUCUUUAGCUACGAUAUUUGCUCACCCAUCAAUAAUAGAGAUGUUGGAUGCUGCUGUAGAGGACACCGUGGAGCGUGGCAGCUGGAUUGAUUCACUCUCAGUGUUGCCAGCAUCCUUUGGUUCCCAGGAUGCAUCCAAGAUCCUAUCCCUCUGUCCAUCUGUUCAAACUGCCCUAAAGUCCAAUAAAGCACUUAUAUUGGGGGAGUCGUAUGUGUUCAGCAAUGGCUUUGUGAAGGAUCUGUUUGACAGUAUAGAAAAGGAGUUGGAAACCUUAAAUCUUUCUAUGCUAGCUAGUUCUGGUACACAUGAUGAGCUACAUGCCAGUAAGGGUACUACCAGUAGUUUGGCUGAUUCCAAUGAGACUGGCCAUGAUGGUGGUGGUAAUAAACAAGCCAUGGAGAAAGGAUCCAAGAAGAAAAAAGGAAAAUCUGCUGGAAAUACUCGUGCAGGGGCUGCUGAAGCUGGCUCGGAUAACCUGGAUUCUGCACCAUCUAAAUCCAAGAAAAACCAAAAGAAAGGCAAAGGUUCUUCUACCUCACAGGAGGUAUCCUCAAAAGUAAAUGCUAAAAAGGAAGAGGAUCCUUCUUACCUUAUUUCAGAAGAAUGGAUUACUCAAAAGAUUGUUUCUCUAAAUCCUGACUUUGAGGAACAAGAUGAUCCUGAGACACUUCUUGAGCCUUUAGCACACCAUUUAAGACCUCUGCUCGUUAAUUCAUGGAAGGAAAGAAGAAAGGCUGCAUUUACUGAAAAUGCACAGAAAAUGAAAAAGUUACUUGAUAACUUGCAACGGAAACUUGAUGAGUCAUUUUUGAAUAUGCAGCUUUACGAAAAAGCAUUGGAUCUGUUUGAAGACGACCAAUCAACCUCAAUUCUUCUCCACAAACAUUUGUUGCGAACUACAGGAACCUUUAUGGUGGAUACUUUGCUUCUUAACCUGGAUGUGCACAAUAAAUUGAAAAAUGGAAUUGAAGUUGAUGAGUCUCAAAAUCGUGAACCUGCUUCACUUAACUCUGGGGAUAGAAAUGCUCUUGCCAAGAGUCUCCCAGGACCACUGUCUGUCAAGGCAACUGCCCUACUUGAAGCUUUGGAAGGGAAGCGGGUGGAAAUGUUCAUGACUGCACUAAGAGCUCUGGCAGAGGAAAGCGGAUUAAUUCUGAAGAAGCUGGAUAAGAAAUUGGAGAGGACCCUUCUGCAUUCAUAUCGCAAGGAUCUGACAACUCAAGUUUCUGCUGAAACUGAUGCAGUUUCACUUUUACCAAAAGUUGUUUCUCUACUUUAUGUACAGGUUCAUGGAAAAGCACUUCAGGCUCCUGGCAGGGCCAUUUCUGCUGCUGUCUCUGGUUUAAAGGAUAAGCUGGAUGAUUCCGCAUUCAAGACCCUGACAGAUUACCAGAGCACAACAGUGAGCCUUUUGUCACUAAUGUCUGCUGCAACUGGUGAUGAAGAAGAUUGCUCGUCGGAUAGAAUCCAAACCAAAAGGGAGGUUCUGGAGGGUUUGAUGCCUGCAUUGAAAGGCUUAGUGUUGAGUAGUCAACAGUCUUGAUGUGUUGUAGAAAUAGUUUUACUAACUCCAGUUUGAAGCAAAAGGAACUUGUGUUUCCUUCUGCGGAAAAUGUGACAACCCGAUAGAUUUCUUGUUCACAAAUUUAUGAACUAUGGAUGAUAACUGAAAUUAUAGAACCAUACAAUACGGUUUUUUUUUUU